AUGACAAGACUACAAUUUCUAGUUUUCCUUUGGAUUUUUUGUUUGGCCGGUUGCCAAGAAUGCGGAGUGAAUAAAUAUAAAGGGCCGAACGUGUUCACUUCGAGAAUCGUCGGCGGGAGAUCUGCCAGUCGAGGUGAAAUACCUUGGCAGGUCUCGCUCAUGCUAAACCACCCUUUAAUCGGACCCAUCGAUCAUUUCUGCGGCGGAGUUAUCCUGAAUCGGUAUUGGAUUCUGACCACGGCCCAUUGCUUUCUGAGUUACAGUUACAUAGCCGUGCAGCCGUCUUACUGGACGGUAAGACUGGGAGAACACGACCUGCGGAAAGUAGACCCCAACGAAAAAUGGUAUAAGGUAGCUUCCAUUCACUACCACAAAAAUUAUAUUCUGUCGCAAGCCAACGAUAUCGCGCUGAUAAAAUUGAAAGAUCCGGUGCAGACGAACGAAGACGUCGGGCCCGUUUGUCUGGCGGUUCCUUCGAAAGACUAUAAAAACGAGAGCUGUUUCGCUUCGGGAUGGGGAAAAAUCGACAAAACUCUAGACCGUUCGGACGUUUUGAAGGUGGUCCGAGUGAACAUUUACUCCAACGAGUUUUGCGACAAACAAUACAGAGCUUUGGGAAUACCCAUCCGGAGCUCUCAUCUAUGCGCCGGGAACAUUAAAGGAAAGGAAGGAACCUGUCAGGGAGAUUCCGGAGGACCUCUGUCCUGUUUCGUGGACGGUAGAUGGCACCUGAUCGGCAUCACUUCGUUCGGAAAAGGAUGCGCGGAAGUGGAUUACCCCGGAGUCUACACUCGCGUAGCGUCGUACGCCUCUUGGAUGCAGCGAAUCAUGAGCGCUUUCAUGCCUUCUCUCGUCCUACUCUUCCUGUUCGCGGCCGGCCCCGCCGCCGCUCAGCACGACUGCGGCGUGCCUCACGUCUUUAUCAGUAAGAUCAUCGGAGGCAGGAGCACCGCUUACGGCGAAGUUCCUUGGCAAGCCUCCCUGAGUCUGAAGCAUCCCACUUUCGGCCGGAUUCCGCACUUCUGCGGCGGCGUGCUGAUCAACACCCGGUGGAUCCUGACUGCCGCCCACUGCAUCAAAAGCCCCAACGGCCCGUCGCUGCUGGACCCCGCCUACUGGACGGUCAGGUUGGGAGAACAGAACCUGAACGCCCCCGACAGCGACGAGAAGAGUUACUCGGUGGAGCGGGUGGUCCAUCAUCCGGGAUUCAACAACUACAACAACGACAUCGGCAUGAUGAAGCUGAAGGUCCCCGUCGUCCUCAACAACCACGUCAUGCCCGUCUGUCUUCCCUCGGCCGACGCCGACUUCGUGGGCGAAUUCUGCACCACUUCCGGAUGGGGAAAGGUGGAUCCCAGAUCGAAAGUGGUGGACGCCCUGCAGAUCGUUCGGAUCGAGGUGUUCGACAACUCCAAGUGCGACAUUUACACCAAGAGGUUUCUCAUUCCCAUCGGUAACCGACACGCCUGCGCCGGGACGCUGGAAGGGGGCAAGGGAACCUGCCAGGGAGAUUCGGGGGGACCCCUGAUGUGCCGAAGAAACGACAAAUACUAUUUGCUGGGACUGACGUCGUUCGGAUCUAACUGCGUCAAACCGGAAUUUCCGGACGUCUACACCAACGUCAAGGCCCACUUGAACUGGAUUAAGGCCGUGGUCGCUCGAUAUCCGUAACUCUUUCUUUUUGUCUUUCGUUUU